AUGUCGCCACAUGCCGUCUUUCCUGAUCAGAUGCAGAGCUCAACUGAACCGACAAGCAAUGGCGAUACCAAUGGCAUAUCGCAAAGCUCUCACCUAGAGCGCUGGGACGACGAUGAGCUUCACGACCUUCUGUGUGUUGGCUUUGGACCGGCUUCUUUAGCCAUUGCCGUAGCACUGCACGAUGCGUUCGAGGCGAAAGACUGCGGCCUGUCCACGCGACGUCCAAAAGUUCGCUUCUUGGAACGACAGGGGAGGUUCGCCUGGCAUGCUGGUAUGCUACUUCCAGGGACGAAGAUGCAAAUCACGUUCAUCAAGGACCUGGCGACAUUGAGGAAUCCUCGAAGCCACUUCACCUUUUUGAACUACCUCCACCAGAAAAAUCGACUGGUCCAGUUCACCAACCUUGGCACCUUUCUCCCGGAGCGGAUAGAGUACGAAGACUAUAUGAGAUGGUGUGCUGAACACUUCGAGGAGGUGGUCGACUAUGGCCAGAGCGUCGAAGCAGUCGGGGUGGACAGCAGGAAUGCCAGGACUGGGGCAGUGGAGUCGUUCAGCGUUCGCUCUGUCGACAGCAAAACUGGACGGCGGCGUACCACCAGAGCAAGACAUGUGGUCGUUGCGGUUGGAGGAAAGCCUAGCAUCCCAAAAGAGCUGCAGGCGAACCAUCCUCGUGUCAUUCACUCAUCACAGUAUGCAACCAGCAUUGAAAAGAUCUUUCCCGAAGGAACACAGCCGCGAUCGAUAGCAGUUAUUGGUGCUGGCCAGAGCGCUGCAGAGAUCUUCCACAACAUCCCACAGCGGUUUCCGGAAUGUCGGUCGCUUCUGUUGAUUCGAGGGGCCGCAUUGAGACCGAGUGACGAUUCCCCGUUUGUCAACGAAAUUUUCGAUCCCAACCGAGUGGACGACGUCUACUCGCAGGAUCCAGAAACUCGAGCAGACGGUAUUGCAUCAGACAAGGCCACCAACUAUGGUGUCGUCCGAUUGGAGCUUCUCGAAGAGCUCUACACGCUUCUGUACUCCUACCGAAUACGAUACUCGUCUGAAGACCAGUGGCCGCAUCAGAUCCUCAACCAUCGAUCCGUCACCGGCAUGAAUGAUGCCGUCGAUGGCCAGCCGGGAGUCCAACUCCAUGUCCGCAACAAUACCGGCGCUCAUCACGCUGAUGGCAAGUCAAGAUCAGAGGUUUUGGAUGUUGACCUUGUCGUGGUGGCGUCUGGGUACCAACGGAAUGCUCAUGAAGAGAUGCUGCAAGGUAUCGAGCAAUUGCGCCAGCAAGGAAAAGAUGGAUCCAGUUCUUGGGAGGUCAAUCGCGAUUACAGCAUCAAGUUUCAGGAUGGAGUGGUUGAGCGAGAUGCUGGCAUAUGGCUACAAGGUUGCAAUGAAGGUACGCAUGGGCUGUCGGAUACGCUGCUGUCGAUCCUGGCGACCAGAGGUGGAGAGAUGGUGGAGUCGAUUUUUGGAACAGGGUGA